UGGCCGAAGAAGAAGAGUGUUGCAUUAAAAACGAGACUGUGGGCAAUGUCCUAUUCAAGGUCAAUUUACUGUACUUUCGGGCCUUGGGUUUACUAUCCUGCUUAAUUUUGUUAAAUUUUUAUCAUUCAUUUUUUGCUAUUUUUUUUCAUUGUCGCUUUUUCACAGUCUAUUGCGUUGCUAGGACUCAUUGAACUGGCUUGUUCUGUUCAUUUCUACUCUUUAAUUUUGCAUCCGGGUAUGAGCGUGUUCAAAGUGCUUUAAAAUGUUUGGUCUCGGAAAUUCGUAUGCUAAUUCAGUUAUAUGCAUUGCAUGCGUGCUGAUAUCGAUCGUUCCAACAAAAACGUCAAAUCGAACUGAUAUAAUUGCCAAUGAAUCAACAACUCACGGAGGGGAAGAACCAGAAUCCGGACCGGAGGAAACUGAGGAUGACGAGAAUGUGGCUCCUUUCACAAAUUCUAAACGCAACGCUGGAGGGAUGAGAAUGUCAGCUCUGUGGCCGGCGGGAAUUGAUGGAUAUCCCGUUAUCCCAGUAUAUCCAGCAGCCAGUUCUUGGUUUGACCAGCCACAUAGCACUCUCCUCAGUCGCAUCUUUUUCUAUAUCUCUCAUAAAACAUGCAUUAAGUUUGAAAAGAAGGGAGUGAAGGAUGACUGUUUUUUCUCCGUUGAUGACCCUAGCAUCUGCGUAUAUGCUGAUGGGAAGGGGCACACCUGCUACACCGACGAGGUUGGGUACGACAAAAACAUCGAGCAGACUGGUCAGCCGCGGAUCCUGCGCAUGCCCACUACCGGUUGUCCAUUCCACGAGGGACUGCAGAGUUUCGCGCACCUGCUGGGUUUGCUGCCCGAACACCGGCGCAAUGACCGCGACCGCACGUUCAAGGUGAUGGUGACUGCUCUGGGCUCCGACCAACUGCUGUUCGCGCAGGGACGAACGGCCAAGUGCGAGGACUACGUGGACGAUGAGUCGCCACUCGACCUGUUCUCCGUGUCCGGCUUCGACACGUCGGCGAGCACGCUGCGCCACGGCGCCAUCGAAGACAUGCAGGCCAUCGAGCACGGCAUGGUGAUGGCAGUUCGAAACAUUCGCCACCAGUGGAUUAUCGACUACAAACGUCAGCGCGACAUGGGCUUCUCGUUUUACGAUCAUCGCGACCUGGUGCGCGCCUACGACUGCGAACGGGUGUGGAAUUGUACCGACAAGGAGCCGUGUGCAAACGGCGGCUUCCACGACCGGCUCUGUAAGUGCGUGUGUCCGCCGGGGUACGGCGGCGACACGUGCACGAGGCGCACCUGGCCGGCCGAGGGCGACCCGCUGCGCUCCAACUGCUCGGUGAAGCUGCGCAGCCAGUCUACGUUCACACUGGCCGAAAUCGGCCUGCAGUACGACGGCAGCUCGUUCUACGCCUGCGACCUGACGCUGAUGCCGCCCGGCUGUAUGAGGCCGCUGAUCCUGGUCAACACCAGCUCACUGCGCCCGCUGCGCAGUAGGAAAAACAGUGACCUGUGGGGCAUUGCCCCCUGGGGCCCGGUUCCGGAUACGAUUUAUCACAAUUGGUGUGAACUUUACUUCACUUUGUUGCUGAAGCACUCGGCACUGGGUUGGCGCACCUACUGCUUAGAUUACUUCUUCAACGAAGAAACUCUGUUGUUCAUGUCUCACGCCAGCACCAGCCACACGCUGGGCUACAUGAAAAUGCACGCUCCGGACCAAAAGAAGUUUGAGAUGAUCGCCAACAUCUUUUUCAACGUUACAUUCCAGGAGGUGCCCGAUUGUGGCAAAACAGGCGCGCGCGACAGAGGCGGCGCCAGCAUCCAUUACAUCGGCUACACGGUGAUGACGGCUGUGUUCUGUUUCGUGAACGGCAUGAUGUUGAGUAUCGCUGUUUGGGUGGUGUCCCGGGCGCUGUGCGCCGGCCGGCACUGCGGACACCGCGGCGGCUACUCGUCACACGAGCUCAGCCUGGCCUCGUCCAGCUCGUACGAAUCGAUGGAGACCCCGCCGCCGUCUCCGCUGCCGCUGCCUGCGCCGCAGAGUCCCGUGCCGAGCCAGCCGCCGCGCCAGCCCUCGCCGGUGCGGGCACCGCCGCCGCCGCCGCUACCCGCCAUCCGCCUGCCGACACCCGAGAUCCAGGUCUCGAACUCUCUGGCUCCGGCGACCCCGCAGAGCGGCUCGGCCUCGCGCUGGUCUCCCGCUCCAGGGGAUACCCACCGUCCUCCGUCGGCAGAGCGGCCGAUGCGACCGACGCCCCCGCGCGAGCCGGACCACCAGCAGCAGCAGUAUUAUCAGCAGCGGCAGCAGCAGCCGCAGCAGCAGCAGCUGCAGCUGCGUCUGCCUCCCAUCGACGAGCAGCAGCAGAGGCUGUCGCCGCGCCAGGGCGGCCUGCGCGCCUCGUUCAUGCAGUGGGGCGGCGCGGCGCUCAGCAGUCUGAGGGCCUCGUUUGUCGGCGGGAUGCGGGAAGAGCCACCGCCAGUCCGCGGAGGAGCACGGCCUCCGCCGCCCCAGAGGAGGCCCCAACCGCCUCAGGGAAGGCCUCCACCGCCGAACGGAAGACCUGCGCCGCCCCAGGGCAGGCCUCCGCCGCCCCAGGGACGGCCACGACCGCCGCCGCAGGGUGGUGGGCGGCCGCCGCCUCAGCGAGGGCGUCCCCCCGGGCCAGGCAGGGCGGCACCGCGGUACAAGACGGCUCCCUCGCGGCCCGGGCCCAGGCGGGCUCCGCCGUGAGCUGGACGGUGUCGCCCGACUGGUAAAACUUAAGGCAGGCGGCGCUCUGCGGCCUGCGCUGAUAGGAGCGCUCGGCCCGGGGCCAGCCAGCAGGCCGAGGGAGGAGAGGAUGUGAGAAGACAUGCGGGUGACGAGUUUUACAUUGCGCGGCUGUGGGACAUCGACAGAACAUCAGUGGAUGAAGACAUGACGCUUUAACAGGCGUGGGACUAUUAGUGAUUGGAUUUGACAGAUUUUAAUUGGUGAUGGUGAAAACUGUUGCGAUCCCUCACCAUGUACAGACUGGGUUUGGUGUUUGUGCCGUUCCAGUUGAGACCAAUAGCUCAAUUCAGGUACUUGUGCACGUUUUGCACUGGGAUGGAUAUGAGCUCAAUUUUUAUACCUGAGUAAGUUUGUAUAGACUAUAGACCUAAAAGAAUGCUUGUUUGCGAUAUUUGAUGCAGAUUGCAGAGCGCUUUCGCGCGGUACGGCUGGAGCCUGGAGGUGACUGGAACCAUAGACCGGCCUCAGGUUGUCGUGCUCAUUUGUUCUGGACUAUUUUUGAAAACUAAAAUCAAAAUCACAUUAGCUCC